AUGCCACCCAAGAGCGGCCGAGGCGCAGCGCGGAAACACCAACAGCGGCGACGCACACACAAUCUCGGAGGAUGCUCAACAUGCCGUCGUCGACAUGUCAAAUGCGAUCGCACCCAACCCCAAUGCACAACUUGCCACAAUGCCCGCUUGACAUGUGAGGGGUUUCUUUCUCCGAUUAGGUGGGCGUCGUUGUCAUAUCCGCCCACGAGGAACUCCAGAGCACAAGAUGAUGCGAAUCUGUCGCGACCAUCAUCGGGCUCAUCAAACUAUUUGGCCAUACAUAAUUACACCUCCCUCUACGCUGCUCAUCCUGGCGAGCCUCAACGUGAUGGAGAAUUAUCCGCUUUGUCUCUUGAUAAUACGCUCGCUGAGGGAAGUGACGUAAAUCAGGCACUGAUAAACCCAUCUGCUCCCGAUAUUGAUGUUCACAUAAGCUUCGAUUCCAACGACUCUGAGCUCCCCUACCACCCUUCGGCAAGCUCGCUGACCGAUUUCGAGUCCUUGUUCGAUACAUCUAGCGGCUUGGUUUGGAAUGACUUAUUCGACCCAACAUUUGAUCCUUCAAUAACCAUAAGCCAAGAUCCGACUUACCAAGAGUCGCUUAGUUCACCUGCUAUCGCCAUGAAUCAACCUCAAGGCAGAAGAUCAACGCCGCCACAGGAGCAGUCUCGCGCCGAGCACAGUAUUGAGUCUACAACAACUGCAAUCGAUUCCCAGCCUCCGCCCUGUGCUAUGAAAGAGAUUGACGAAUCUGAACUACUUGAAGAUGCAGGAACCCUUCUGAAACACUUCAGAGACGUCGUAGUCCCCCAGUUCUCCCCUCUCCCUACCAAUUCAAAGUGUCCAUGGGAAGUGCUGAACUGGAACGCUGCUGUUCGUUCUCUUGCCGAUAUGACAUAUCUUGAAAGCAGCGAUGUCAGGCACGCAAACAAGGCCAAUCUUUUCGCUAUUUUAGGUUGCGCAGCACAUGAUAUCGCGAAAACACACGUGGCUGCCGGCUUGAUCUCUUCUGAGAAAGGGACGCGGAUAUUGGAAUACGCGUCUAAGAGAGCGAAAAGUCAUAUGCAAGAAUCUUUGAGCCUAGAAACUUCUGGUUCAUCAAAAGCCAAAUACAAAGAUCAGCUUAUGGCAAUCUUUAGUUUGAUUGCUCUUGCUACUCUAUGCGGCAAUGCAACCGAUGCAAGGUGCUACUUGAUCGAUGCUGAACGCCUUCUGAGACUGCGGGGGCUUGCGAAACGAGAGGUGUCUCGCAAAGUUCGGCUCUUACAUCAUGUCUAUACAUGGCUGAGAAUCAUCGGCGAAAGCACGUUCAUCUUGCAUGACCAUCACAGCUCUGGUCUCCAAGGCAUGAUUGAGAAAACCUUCAAAAGCAACUACGGUGCGCCUAGUACUCUGCCGCUUCUUGAGGAACAAAUCACAACUGGCAUUGAGUGUGUUCAGCUAGACGACUUUCUUCGAGUCAAAUCAUAUGGCACAGAUUGCGAAGAUGACGUUGAUACCUUGAAAGAUCAAGAAUCUGGUCUUCGUGACAUUCAUCUCGAAGACUCACGCCCAUGGUCAAACACACUAUAUAUGGAUAUCUACGGUAUUCCAGAAAUUUGGCUCAGCUUGGUCUCCCAGACGACAAGGGUUGCCAACAUUGUGGACUUCAUAGGCCGCGCAUCAGUGAACGUACCGCGAACCUUUACAGAGUCACUUCAUAGAAAGAUUACACGACUCGAACACAUGAUUUGCUCUUUCGCGUCGCAGCAGAGCAUUUUGAUGGCCCCAUUGCCACCUCACCAGGGCCCUCAUCAGUCCAGCACUGCCACUUCCAAAUCUUCUCCAGCAAGUCGAGCGAUGUUGCGUGCUCUUAUCUCAGCUCUCGUCAUACUGUUUUAUCGUAGGAUUCAUAAUGUUCAUCCAUGGAUAUUGCAAACACAUGUCAAUGACGUAAUAACCGCAUUGAAUGACUUCGAUCUCAUGGGAGAUGCCGACAGCAUCAAUACGCCAGGCACACCUUGGCCUGCUUUUGUUGCCGGAUGUGAGGCAAUCUCAUCGACGUCUCGUGAAUGGCUGAUGGGUUGGAUGCAGAAAGGCGCAAACCAAUCUACCUUCAAUGGCUACACGUCCUCUCAGCAUGUCAUGCGACAAGUAUGGGAGCGACGGGAUUCGGCAGGCAAAUGUGGCGUUUUGAACAGCCAAACAGGCUCUGACUCUAGGAGUGGAGAGGUAUACUCAUGGGUGGACGUUUUGAAAGAACGUAAACUCUGGCUUAUGCUAUACUAG